AUGAACCCAAUAUUAAAAUCCUGUAAUUUGAACUCGUGGUUUGUUAAAAUCUCCACACAUGAAUAUUUAUUGACCAGGUUUGACCUCGUUUCUAACUUCCUAACUCAUAAAUCAAAAUUUUUAGCCGCUUUCUUAUAAUCUUUACUUUCAGGGGAAAUAAAAGUUGAACUAUAAUGUCUAAUAUCCGAUCUCACAAGAGAUGGCAACUGUGUACCAGGUUCAUAAAAAGUAAGUUCCUAAAGUUUUCUCUUUUAGUUUGUUGGCGUAACCUUUUGUAAGAGCAGUGCCAUCCAUCCUAACUCUUCUAAGAAGUCUGACAAUUUCAGGAGCCAAGACAGAAAAAAACAAGUACUCUCAUCAAGACCAAGUAGGAAAGAUUCUGAGACGAAUUAUUUAAGAUUUAGUCCAACACUAAAAUAAAAAAAUAAAUAAAUUUCUAGAGUAAAUGUCAACUUAUCAAAUUUUAUUUUGUGA